AUGGCAAAAACUAUGGGACACAACGAAUGGGUAACAGAACUAAAUGUCCUUGGUAUGGUUGAACAUCCAAACCUUGUCAAAUUAGUAGGCUAUUGUACUGAGAAUGAUGAAAGGCUUCUGGUGUAUGAAUAUAUGCCCAACAGAACCGUGGAGGACCAUCUAUCGCCUCAGUCACUGACAACACUUCCGUGGGCCAUGAGACUGAAAAUUGCUCAAGAUGCAGCUCGUGGCUUGACAUACCUCCAUGAAAAAAUGGAUUUUCAGAUCAUAUUCAGGGAUUUUAAAGCUUCAAACAUUCUGUUAGAUGACCAAUGGAAUGCAAAGCUGUUAGCCUUUGGAUUUGCAUGUCGAGGCCCUUCAGAAGGAUUAAGUCAAGUCUCAAUGCCGGUAUGUGAAAACACAUUGAAUGGAAGUAUCGAUGACCUGAUUGUUUUGACCGAAAUCUCCGAAGCAUUGAAUUGUGGAUUGUCAACAUAUUUAAUAGUAUCUGAAAUCUAUGGAUCUGUUUCUCCUAGACAAUUUGGCAUUAAUAGUGAACAGGCUGUAAUCUCAAUGGAGAUUAGGAUGAGUUUUGAUGAAUAA